AGAAGUCAAGUUUAAGGAAAAAGAUCUGGUCAAGUCCAUUCAGCGACUGGAUCCAGUGGUGCUAGAUUUGAAAAAGAAACAAGCCGAGGCUGCUGGCAACAAGGAAGCGUCGGCGGAACUAGAAAACCAAAUCAAAAUGCGAGUUAAUUCGCUGCUGCACGUUUACCACACUGUGGCAGUGCAUUUUGCUGAUCUCCACGAUACACCGGAGCGAAUGUUGGAAAAGGGCUGCAUCAACGAAAUCGUGCCCUGGAGAAGUUCGCGUAGCUUCUUCUACUGGCGAAUGCGGCGGCUAUUACUUGAGGAGCACUUCAUCAAACAGAUCCUUGAUGCCCAGGAUAGUCUUUCGGUGGGCCAGGCGAAAUCGAUGCUACGUCGGUGGUUCGUCGAAGACAAGGGUGCUACUGAGGCGUACCUGUGGGAAAAUAACGAACCUGUUGUGGAGUGGUUGGAAAAUCAAAAGAAGAGCGAUUCGACGGUAUCUCGCAACAUUUAUGCUGUGAAGAAGGAUGCAAUAAUCUCACAGAUCCAGAAAGCUUUGGAGGAAUGCCCCGAAGUGGCUCUGGAUGCAGUCGUUGGUUUGUGUCAAGCCCUUUCGCCCGCCCAUCGUGGCGAGGUGGUGAAAACGCUUUCUCAGCUAGAAUUCACCGAGAAGGAACAUGCCAGUAUGGGAUGACCGCAACCUGGCUACUACAAGUAACGCACCAAUGGCAGGAGAUCAAAACGAAAAAAGCAGUAACGUUCGUGGUGAUUUUCCUGCGCAAUAAUGUUCAUUUUUCCGGUUUUACCGGAAAGCCAAUGAUGAUCAUAUCUUUGUCUUUGCUUCAUCAGCCAACUUACACUAAGUGCACGUUUUCCUCAUAAAGACAAGAUUUCCGUUCCACCAGCGUCUUAUUGUUGUUAAUAUUAGUAAAAAAAGGUCAAAAGGCCAUAAAAAAUAAACGGAUAGCUCGUUCAUAUAGCUCAUACCAAAUACGGUACUGAAUAUGAAUUAAAACAAAGCCUGUUUCUUAUUAGACUGCACUAGCAAGAGUGUAACACAUAGCUACUAAAUUAUUCAACGUAAUGACAAAACAUUUAGCAAGCCAGAUUCAACCAGAAAUAAUGUUAACAUAAUUUAUUGUUAGAAAUUCGAAUCACGAAAUUGAAGUUAACAAAAGUUUAGUUUUUCUUUGUUACAUUCAUCAUCAGUUAUUUCAAUGGUUCAUUGUAAAACGGGGUUUUAUGCUAUGGAUACGUUAAAAUUACAUCUGAAAAUAAACCAAGGGUACCGGGUACCGUUUUAAAUAUUAUUGUGGACUCUUCUAAAGGGAUAAAUUGUACAGACUAGGAUAACUACAGCGCGCGGUAAAUCAAUAGGACCAGCAGUACAUAUGUUAUGAUCAAAUCCCAUCUGCGUUUUGCAGAUACACAUAUAUCUAUAUAAAUAAAACAAAUACCAUCCCAGCCAGAUCUAGACUUACUUUGCAGACAAAGUAUGACUAGAUGAGUCAAAAGCAUCACCGAAUCCUCAACUAUUGUACAAACGAAAGGAAAUUUGGGAGAAGUAUAUAACAUAAUUAACGAAUA